ACACGCCCACCCCGGGGAGUGAGAGCGGAGCACAGCGCGAGGCGCAGCAGAGGAGCUUUUCCCCGGCGUAGUAACAGCUCUUCGGCCCGUCCGAACGGGGGCGUCCCUCGGGCCCCCCAGCAGGGAACCUCUCCCCUCCCCCUCCUCAGACAUAGAGUGGGGGGGUGGUGCCCCCAUCCCCGCAGAAGAGCUCUCCAGCCCCCUCCCCCACCGAGCAGGGGUCCUUCCUGCCCCCCUCAGCAGGGGGGCGCUGCUGCUCCUUUCCCCCAGCAGAUCUCCAGCUCCCCUCACCCUCUUAACAGGGACGCUCUUCCUCCCCCACGGCAGGGGGUGCUCUCCCUUUUGCCCCCUGGCAUCAGGAAGUCUCCGAUCCCCCAUCUCAGCCGCCAGGGAGUGUCUCCCCCUGCGGGAUGUUCUCCAGAAGGAGCCACGCUGAUGUCAAGAAAUCUACACAGAAAGCUCUGGACCCAAAGAAGGACGUCCUGACCCGCCUCAAGCACCUCAAAGCGCUGCUGGAUAUUGUGGAUGGAAGUGACCUGAAGCAAUUUUUUGAGAUCAACUAUUCUCAGAUUUACUUUAUCUUCUAUGAAAAUUUCAUAACACUGGAAAAUAGCUUGAAACAAAAAGGGAAUAAAUCACAAAGGGAGGAGCUGGACUCCAUUCUGUUUCUUUUUGAAAAAAUAUUACAACUGCUACCUGAGAGGAUAUUUUAUCGAUGGCAUUUCCACAGUAUAGGGUCAGUUUUGAAGAAGCUUUUGCACACUGGAAACUCUAUAAAGAUAAGAUGUGAAGGAAUCCGACUAUUUCUUCUUUGGCUUCAGGCACUUCAGACAAACUCUACAGAGGAGCAAGUGUUAAUUUUUGCAUGUCUAGUGCCUGGUUUUCCAGUGAUCAUGUCAUCAAGAGGUCCCUGUACACUGGAUACACUCAUUAACCCUACUCCUAAUUUGCCUGAUGCGAAGAUUUAUCCUGAAGAAAUAACUCCACUUCUGCCAGCUGUCUCUGGUGAAAAGGUUGCUGAGGACCAAACCUGCUAUUUUCUUCAGAUAUUGUUAAAGUAUAUGGUAAUCCAGGCUGCAAGCUUAGAGUGGAAGAAUAAGGAGAACCAAGACACUGGUUUUAAGUUUCUCUUCGCCUUGUUUAGAAAGUAUUAUCUUCCUCACUUGUUUCCAUCUUUUACAAAACUAACCAACCUCUACAAACCUGUGCUUGAUAUUCCUGACUUGAGGCCAAAACCAGCAUACAUUACUGCAACUCGGAAUAAUGAAAACAUCUACAGCACGAAAAUCCCAUUCAUGGCUGCUCGUGUUGUUUUUAUUAAAUGGCUUGUAACCUUCUUUCUCGAAAAGAAGUACUUAACUUCAGUGCAGAAUACUAAAAAUGGAGGAGAAAUGCUGCCUAAAAUCAUUCAGACGGUUGGUGGUGCAACUCAAGAUAAAAACCCCGAGUUGGAAACUAGUGUGCUAUCAGAGCAAGAGAAAAAUCAUUCCAAUAGCAGCACUUUGUCUGAUAGGAGACUCAGUAACUCUAGCCUUUGCAGCAUCGAAGAACAACAUCGGACAGUGUAUGAGAUGGUACAGAGAAUUCUGUUGUCCACUCGAGGUUAUGUCAAUUUUGUUAAUGAAGUAUUUCACCAGGCUUUUUUGUUGCCUUCCUCUGAUAUAUCUGCAACACGGAAAGUGGUUAAGGUAUAUAGAAAGUGGAUAUUGCAAGACAAGCCUGUGUUCAUGGAAGAACCAGAUAAACAAGAAAAUAUUCAAGAUAAUGUGUCCAACUUGGAACAUACAGAGACAGAUUGCAAACAUCUUACUUCUGGUCAUUCUGGACAUAAAAGAUCUUCCAGUUGGGGAAGAACUUACUCCUUCUCUAAUGCUGUUAGCAGAGGAUGUAUACUAGAAGAUGAAGACAAGAACGUUAAGGCUGGUACUCAGGCUGCAUUACAGGUGUUUUUGACGAACUCUGCGAAUGUUUUUUUAUUGGAACCAUGUGCUGAAGUCCCUGUUCUCCUGAAGGAACAAGUUGAUGCUUGCAAAGCAGUUCUCAGUAUUUUUAGGCACAUGAUAAUGGAACUUUCAAUGAAUAAAAAGACAUGGGAACAGAUGUUACAAAUACUCCUGCGAAUAACAGAAGGUGUCAUGCAGAAGCCAAAGGAUAACCAAGUAAAGGACAUGUUUGCUCAAAGCUUGGCAGGAUUACUUUUCAGGACUCUUAUUGUGGCUUGGAUCCGAGCAAAUCUGAGUGUUUACAUUUCUCGAGAACUCUGGGAUGAGCUGCUCAGCAUACUGUCUUCCCUUACUGACUGGGAGGAGCUGAUAACUGAAUGGGCCAAAAUCAUGGAUUCUCUAACGGCGGUGUUAGCAAGAAUCGUGUAUGGAGUUGAAAUGACAAACUUACCACUGGAUAAACUAAGUGAGCAAAAGGAAAAAAAACAAAGAGGCAAAGGUGGCAUCUCAGAUCCUCAAAAGGCAACUACAGUGGGACGAUCAUUUUCAUUAAGUUGGAGAAGUCAUCCUGAAGUUGUGGAACCAAUGAGAUUCAGGAGUGCUACUACCUCUGGAGCACCAGGAGUUGAGAAAGCAAGAAACAUAGUCCGACAAAGAGCAACAGCUAAGCGAAGCCAGUCUAUCAGCAACUGUGUUCAUCUUUAUGAGGCUUUGCCAGCCACUAAAAGUGUACCUCUUCUGCUUCACACUGUGAGCUCUCUCUUACCUGGUAUCUCUUACACUUCUUGCUCUCACAGACUUUCAGAAGUUGAAGAAGCUCAGCAAUCAGAAAAUACAACAGGAGCAGAGUCUAGUGGCCUCUUUGCAGACCAGGACCAACAACUAACUCGAAGCAGUAGCACUUCAGACGUUACAGACCAAUUUAGUUCUGAUUUUUUUCAAGUUAAAAAGACUGAGAGUUCACAGAAUUUAAAUAGUUUGGAUUCCAAAUCCAUUCAAGACAAGAAGGGAUAUAUGAAGAAAGAAAACGAAGCCCAACACGUUUUAAUACGAAGGAGCAGCAGUCCAGCUGAAUUAGAUUUGAAAGCAGACUUGCAGCAGUCACAUGGAAAUCAUACAGAGAGAGAAAUGAGUGAAAGUGUUAGCAGUGACACGUUCAUUGGCUACAAUAAUGAAGUAGAGAUCACCCUGGUCCCCUGGCAAACAUGUGAAGAAGAACAUGAAGUUAAUAUACCAACAGAUGUUUGUUUAGACGCAGAUGCUCGUCAUUGGCUACAGCUUAGUCCUAAAGAUGCUGCAAAUUUAACAGACAGUAGUGAGUUCCUUGCUGAUGACUGCAGUAUAAUUGCUGGUGGAAACCUCAUAGGUUGGCAUCCUGAUUCAGCUGCUGUAUUAUGGAGAAGGAUCUUGGGAAUUCUUGGAGAUGUGAACAAUAUCCAGUCUCCUAAAAUUCAUGCCAAAGUUUUUGGGUAUCUCUAUGAACUAUGGUACAAACUGGCAAAGAUAAGGGACAAUCUUGCUAUAAGUUUGGACAACCAGUCUACACCCUCUCCUCCUGUUUUAAUUCCACCUCUCAGAAUAUUUGCAUCAUGGUUGUUCAAGGCAACAACCUUGCCAAAUGAAUAUAAAGAAGGCAAACUUCAAGCGUACAGGUUGAUUUGUGCUAUGAUGACUAGGCGCCAAGAUGUUUUGCCAAAUUCUGAUUUCCUAGUGCAUUUUUAUCUCGUGAUGCAUAUUGGCUUAACUAGUGAAGAUCAGGAUAUUUUAAAUACCGUCAUAAAACACUGCCCAUCUUGCUUUUUCUUCUUGGGUUUACCUGGUUUUACAAUGCUGAUAGGAGACUUCAUCACAGCUGCAGCCAGAGUUCUUAGUACAGACAUGUUGGAGGCCCCUCGCUCAGAAGCUCAUACUAUUCUUGGUUCUCUUGUUUGCUUUCCAAAUAUCUACCAAGAAAUCCCUCUGUUACAACCCAUCCCUGAAGCUGAUGAAAUCAUCACAGGAGCUGCAGAUGUUAAAUGUUACCUCAUAAAUAUUCUAUUGAAGAAUGCCACAGAUGAGCCCAGUGAAGCUGCAAGGUGUAUAGCUGUUUGCUGCCUUGGAGUUUGGAUAUGUGAAGAACUAGUACAGUGCACAAACCAUCCUCAAGUGAAGGAUGCAAUAAAUGUUAUAGGUGUAACACUAAAGUUUUCUAAUAAACUGGUAGCUCAGAUAGCCUGUGAUGUUCUUCAGCUGCUAGUUUUUUAUUGGGAAAAACUUCAGAAGUAUGAAUCCUCUCUAUCCAGGAAAAUUACUGAAAUUCUUGUGGCCACCAUUGCAUUUCUUUUGCCAAGUGCUGAAUACUCCUCUGUAGAAACAGAUAAAAAGUUUAUAGUUUCUUUAUUACUUUGCUUGUUGGAUUGGUGCAUGACACUACCAAUGAAAACCUUACUAGAGCCAGUGUCUACUGUUCUGGAAGAUCAACAUUCCUCUGAAGCUCCGUUACUGGAUUACAUAUAUAGGGUGUUGCAUUGUUGUGUUUAUGGCUCAAGCACAUAUACGCAGCAAAGCCAUUAUAUACUGAGCCUUGCAGAUCUCUCAUCUAAUGACUAUGAUCCAUUUUUGCCAUUGGGAAAUGUCAAGAAUUCUGAGCCAGUACACUCCCAUUCCACCCCAGAUUUGGGAAAUCUACUCACUGUUGUUGAGGAAAGAAGAAGAAGAAGCUUGGAAUUAAUACCUCUAACUGCCCGGAUGGUUAUGACACAUCUAGUAAACCACUUAAGUCACUAUCCCCUCAGUGGUGGACCUGCCAUUCUUCACAGCCUUAUUAGUGAGAAUCAUGACAACUUUUAUGUGGAAUCUUCUGAGCUGUCUUCAGAAGUCUUCAGAAGUCCAAACUUGCAGUUAUUUGUAUUUAAUGACAGUACUCUUAUAUCUUACCUUCAAAUUCCUGCAGAAACAACCGUGGAUACUGAGCCAGCAGGAGCCCUCUCAGAUGUAAGAGUAAUUGUCAGAGAUAUCUCAGGGAAAUAUUCUUGGGAUGGCACAAUAUUAUACGGACCUUUGGAAGGCUGUCUAGCACGUCAGACUGGAAAUAAUUCGUUUGUGGUUUUGGGCAGUCAUGAAGGGCAAUUUGAGGCCCAGACAGAGUUCUCUCAAACAGGAGGAGGAGAGGAUGCUCUUGACGAAUUGCUAGAAAAGAUUGGUAAUACUAGUCCUGAAUGCCUUUUACAUCCACAGCUAAAAUUAAAUGAGCCAUCACCACCACCGUUUGGUAUGAGCCAUGAUCAAGAGAAUGACAUCAUAGAAGCCAUAAUAAGGCAGAGUGCCCAAGAAAAAGAGCAUGUACAUAAAUGCAGCUCCGAUUUUGAUAUGAAAGUAGCCAGUGAAGAAGAACCAAGUUCUGCUGAACCACAAGCACCAUUUUAUUUCUGUAGGCUGUUGCUAAACGACUUAGGAAUGAAUUCUUGGGAUAGAAGAAAAAGCUUUCAUCUACUUAAGAAAAAUUCUAAAUUAUUGAGAGAGUUGAAAAAUCUAGACUCCCGUCAAUGCCGUGAAACUCACAAGAUUGCAGUGUUUUACAUUGCAGAAGGACAAGAGGACAAAUGCUCAAUAUUGUCCAAUGCAAGAGGAAGCCAAGCAUAUGAAGAUUUUGUUGCUGGAUUGGGCUGGGAGGUUGAUCUUUCAACACAUUGUGGAUUUAUGGGUGGUCUGCAACGUAAUGGCAGCACAGGACAAACAGCACCGUAUUAUGCUACCUCUACUGUGGAAGUCAUUUUUCAUGUUUCCACAAGAAUGCCAUCAGAUUCAGAUGAUUCACUGACCAAAAAGCUUCGUCACUUGGGAAAUGAUGAGGUUCACAUCGUCUGGUCUGAGCACACCAGGAACUACCGCAGGGGUAUUAUACCAACAGAUUUUGGAGAUGUUUUAAUUAUUAUUUAUCCAAUGAAGAAUCACAUGUUUUUCGUAGAGAUAAUGAAGAAACCAGAGGUCCCAUUUUUUGGUCCUCUCUUUGAUGGAGCAAUAGUGACUGCAAAACUGCUGCCAACCCUUAUAUGUGCCACAUGCAUCAAUGCCAGCAGAGCUGUGAAAUCUCUCAUACCCCUCUAUCAGAGCUUUUAUGAGGAAAGAGCUCUGUAUCUUGAAGCAAUAAUCCAGAAUCACAAAGAAGUAAAGACAUUUGAGGAUUUUGCAGCUCAAGUCUUUUCUCCCUCUCCUAGCUACUCUCUCAGUGGAACUGAUUAAAAUAUGUAAAGGUCUCAUUACGGUAAUUGAGAAAGGCUGUCUCACUAUGAGUGCGAGUGCUGAUCUUACUGUAACCACUGGAAUAGAGUUAGCAGAGCAGACCUCUCCAACACUACCCCAUGCUACCAAAAACAAAGCCUCUGGGAAACUUCGUCGCUCUGCCAGUGCUCUCAGCAAAUCUUCAAAUUAAAGCACUUUGGAAGGGGAAGCCCAUUCAAGGGAAUUUGAAAAACAAAAUCAGAAUAAAAUCAUUUACUGUAUCAAUGGAACAUUGCUACAUGCUUUGGAUGAGCACAUAAGGAAGUAGCUUCCCUUAUGUUGCAAAACUUAAACUAUUGAUGGACAGCUAUCACUUGAUUUACCCAUCAUGCAUUACACUUGAUUAUUGUUGUCACCGAAAUAACUGUGUCAAAUCUGGAUCUUUUUCAAUGUGUGAGGCAAUGUGGGGUAAUUCACUUAUUUUCCCUUAAAAUCUGUAGAUGCAAGUACAGCUAUCACAGGAAGAGGAUGCAAAGCAAGUACUGAAACCAGUUAUUUAAUUUACAUUCAUUGUGUUGACCAUUUAAUAUUCCAAUUAUAGUUUAACACUUGUGUGUAUAUUAGCAAAUUUUGUCUAAAUGGAAAACAAGUUUUCAUUUAAUUAAACAUAUGAUGGACUUUUUUUCUUAAGUGUGGGUGAAUGACUUGGGUGCUUUUCAGUAUGUCAUCAAAUGUUCCCUUCCUUUUCUGUUUUGAAUUGAUACCCCAGUACAGUUUUUGUGCAUAAAAACCAUAAGUAUCAAAUAGCUGGUUUAGGUAAUUUAUUUGUAAUUUAGGAAAGUGCUGCCAAUUGCAUAAAUCACCAAGACCAGGAUUAAAAUCACUUAGCUCAAUCUUGCCCUUUUAUUCAGAGGUGCAUGUCUCCAUACAUUUAGUAAAAUCCUGACAUUCAGCUUGCGCUGACCCUUGCAGGAUUGGGCCCUUUGUGGGAUGCUGCAUAUUAACAUACCCAGAGAGUAGACUUAAGACCCCUGCAUUCUCUCUCUUAGUGUUUGUUAUAACCAUCACAUGCCAGUGCUGCUAAACGUAAGGGUUUGCAGUUUUGGCAUUAUUGGUAUCUAUUAACAAAGAUUCAUACUUAUACCAUAAAAUGUAAUACAGGUUAGAUGUUAACAUGUACAAUUUGGUUCAGACCAUUUAAUUUAUAUCUGUCCAUUUAUUUUUUGAUACAAAUCUUCUUUUGCAGCACUAUCUUUGGACAUAGGGUCAUUCUGUCAUAUAAAAUGCUGCAUGUGAUUAAUGCAUAAUGUGAGCUAAUGCAUAAUGUGAGCUUUUUUCUGUUUGUGUGG